CUCGGAUUCCGACUUCCUCCAGACUUUGGCUAACGGCUCCGCCCCUAGAACCGAUUCUGAAGUGAUUCAGAUGGGAAAGGUUUUACUCAAGUAAGCUAAGCUAAGCUAGGGAGCAACAUCACUGAAGGAAAUACACAAGCUCUCUCCAAACGCUGAGGUAGCACCGCUAUGGAUCCGUCAUCUCCUCCACCAGAGCAGGAAACAGAAAACUGUGUGAGUGAACCAGGAAGAAUAACUAUGGAUCAGUCAUCUCCUCCACCAGAGCAGGAAACAGAAGACUGUGUGAGUGAACCAGGAAGAAUAACUAUGGAUCCGUCAUCUCCUCCACCAGAGCAGAAAACAGAAGACUGUGUGAGUGAACCAGGAAGAAUAACUAUGGAUCAGUCAUCUCCUCCACCAGAGCAGAAAACAGAAGACUGUGUGAGUGAACCAGGAAGAAUAACUAUGGAUCAGUCAUCUCCUCCACCAGAGCAGAAAACAGAAGACUGUGUGAGUGAACCAGGAAGAAUAACUAUGGAUCAGUCAUCUCCUCCACCAGAGCAGAAAACAGAGAACUGUGUGAGUGAACCAGGAAGAAUAACAGAGCUAAUUCGCCUGCGUCGCUUCCUGUGCUAUGGCUCAGAGGGCGCCACCUAUAGAGCGCGCGAGGAGCAGAACCUGUCCAUCAAGUGUGCCUCGUCCCUAACUGAGCUGCUUGAGGCCGGCCGAGGCAGGGAGGCGGUGCAGGAGGUGCGAGGGAUGAAUCUGAGGGGCGCAGUCAGAAGCUCAGGCCCCACCUUGUUCGCCCUGGCCGUGAUCUCGCAGUACUCGGAUGUGGAGGCCAAGCGAGCGGCGUACAGGCUGCUCAGAGAGGUGUGCCCGUCUGCGAGUGACCUUUUCUGCUUUGUUCAGUAUAAGAAGGAGCUGAGCGGCACCGGGCAGCGCGGCAUGUGGGGUCGAGCGCUAAGGAAAGCCGUGGCAGACUGGUACAACGGACGUGACAGUCUCAGCCUGGCACGCGACAUCACCAAGUGUAGAAGGAAAGGAGGCUGGUCUCAUAAGGACCUGUUCCGACUGUCGCAUCUGAAGCCGGCCAAUGAUGCCAUCACUGUUGUGAGUAAGUACGUGACUAAAGGCUGGAUGGUGGUGCAUGAGAUGUACGCGGGCAGAAGGAAUAAGGAGGAUGUGAUGAGGGUGUUUAUGUAUCUGGAGGCUGUGGAGAGGGCCAAACACUCGUUCUAUGAGCUGGAGGUGGCGCAUCUGAUUGAGGAGUACAAACUGGAGAGAGAACACGUCCCCGCAAAACUUUUGAAGUCCCGAGAGGUGUGGAGAGCUCUGCUGAAGAACAUGUCCAUCCCCGUGCUGCUCUCAUUUCUGGGAAAAAUGACCGCUGACCGAAUGCUGGACUUGGGAAGUCCGGACACAGUGCCUGUGUGCAAGAGGAUUUGGGAUGUACGCACUCUACUGAAUGCUAAAACUCAUCCGCUUAACGUCCUGCUGGCGGCUGAGAUCUACAUGCGAGGUUACAGCAAGCGAGGGAAGUCAAAAUGGAACCCGAACAGAGACGUCAUGCAAGCACUAGACUCCGCCUUCUACAAGUGUAUCCCAAACGUCGAGUCUACGGGGAAGCGCUUCGUAGUUGGAGUGGACGUGGGCUCUCAACAGGAAAGCCUUGCUCUCGGCAGCCUCGUCAGGACGGUGACGGUCGCCGCAGCCAUGAGCAUGGUGAUCACCCGGACUGAACCGAACGCUGACGUUGUGCUGUUUUCGGAAGGAGCCGUUGUUCCCUGCACCAUCUCGGCUGAUUCGUCUCUCCCCCAAAUAACCAUGCAGUUAAUGCAGGUGCGCAGUAAUUGUACAGACUGCACUCUGCCUAUCCAGUGGGCCUCGGAAAAUGACAAAAUGGUGGAUGUGUUUGUUGUUUUCACCAACAAUAAUGAAACCGGUCCGGAGAAGUCGAAUCUGGCGGAGACGCUCAGGACCUACAGACAGAAAACUGGGAUAUUUUCGAAGCUGAUCAUCUGCGGCAUGACGACCAACAGCCUUGACGUGAUCGAUCCGGACGAUCGCGGCAUGCUGGAAACGUGUGGGUUCGACUCUCACACCGUCACCGUCAUCCACAACUUCAUCACGGACGUCAUAUGAGAGAGGUGCACCAUGGGAAAGUACAUCGAGGAAAAAGGAAGCGAGAAAUUAAAUGUUCAUGCAUUUCUGCUCUUUUCUGUAAGGUCCAGCAGAAACACAGAACGGCUAACUUCAUUAUUGCGCGUUAAAAUUAGGACACUACCACAUUCGAUUUGAUCAAAACUAUAUUUCUGGUAUUGAAAAAUUUCCUGGAUGCCGUUGUGUGACAAUAGAAAAUAGUAGGGUUUUUUUGUUUGUUUGUUUUUUUUUUUUAAACGGCCUGCUAAUCUGUUAAAUUCUACUUUUUAGCCAAGUUUGGAACGACGAAUUGUACGUGAAGAAAUAAAGUCGUGAUGAUGUAUCGUGAA